CUGUUUCCCUGAAAGUCCAUCCCCCCCCCCACACACACUGCCCCAGCCUAUCACAGGCUUCCUUCUAAAGGGGAGACACUGACUUCAGGUGAGCUUCACAGAAGACUGAGACUGAGCGGAGAUGGGGGGCUUUUCCUUCUGGGCGCUCUUUCUCUGGGCAGGCGUCUUCCAUCUAUGUGAGGCCAGGCCUCGAGGCCGAAUUCUGCGGGGACAGGAGACGCUUCCCCACCAACGACCCUACAUGGUCUCCUUACAAGUCGCCGGGAAGCACAUCUGCGGAGGUUUCCUCAUCGCUGACCAGUGGGUGCUGAGCGCAGCUCAUUGCUUGGAGGAUGCGGGCAACGAGACGUUACGGGUCCUGGUGGGGGCACAUUCCCUCUCGGAGGCAGAACCAAACAAGCGCCUGCUGGAAGUCAAAGCGCUCUUCCCCCACCCAAACAGCAGUGUCGGGAACAACCACGAUGACCUCUUGCUCAUCCAGCUAGGUGAGAGAGCGUCAAUCAACGUGGAUGUGCAAGUCCUGGUUUUUCAGAGGGAAGACAGGGACGUGCCGGCGGGGACGCAGUGCGAGGUGGCCGGGUGGGGGUUCAUCAGCAACACUGGCAGACUUCCUGAUAAACUGCAUCACGUAGAGCUGUCCGUCAUCAGCCGGACCGUCUGCAACACGCGGAUCCAUUAUGACGGCGACAUUACGGAAAAGCUGAUGUGUACAGAAUCCAAGAAGAAAGAUUCAUGCAAGGGGGACUCUGGCGGGCCUCUCGUUUGCAAUGGGGUGGCCGAAGGUGUGGUGGCCACGGGCGCCCGGAUCUGCGGCUACUGGAAGAAGCCCGGCAUUUACACCCGGAUCCCGCCCUAUAUUAACUGGAUCGAGAGUGUCUGGGCUAUGACGCAACAGCCGACGGAGGGGCCCAAGGCAGCUGCUGGGCCUUAAGAUGGGGGUCGCUUGGGCACACCCUGGGAGGGCAAAGGCACCCGUGAGUUUUGCUGUCCUCUCGAGUGAAAAAAUGGAGCCCCAGGGAAAGGGCACAGGCUAAGAAAACAGAGCAAAGAAUCCCCGUGUGACAAUAAAUAUAUGCAAUGCCACUGAA